AUGUCGGCCUCGGUGGGGCCCCGCGGCGGCCCUCGCCCACCCACAGCGCCGCCCUCCAUGCCCGAGCUGCCGGACCUCAGCCACCUCACCGAGGAGGAGAGGCAGAUCAUUAUGGCUGUGAUGGUUCGGCAGAAGGAGGAGGAGGCGAAGGAGCAGGCCAUGCUGAGAGAGGAGCAGCCCAUACAAGCGAAAACAGUAAACCUGGUUGGGAACAAGAAACCCCCACAGCAGAAUGACAUCAGCAUGCACCAGCAGUUUGCCAGCUAUAAGGAGCAGGUGCGGCGGAUAGCACAGGAGCCUCAGCAGAGGCAGCAGGGCCAGCAUAAGGAUGAUGCGCCCACCUGUGGCAUCUGCCACAAGACCAAGUUUGCGGAUGGCUGUGGAAACCUCUGCUCCUACUGCCAGACCAAGUUCUGCGCCCGAUGUGGAGGAAGGGUCUCUCUGCGCUCCAACAAUAAGGAAGACAAAGUGGUAAUGUGGGUAUGUAACCAGUGCCGUAAGCAGCAGGACAUCCUCACUAAAUCAGGGGAAUGGUUUCCGGGACAGGGGCCAAAGCCGAAGCCAGGGCUUGGAACGGCAGUAAGUGACCCAGCCAUGUGUGCAGACCCCACAGUAGAAAAGAAAGUGCGCCCUAAGUCUCAGAUCCACCUCGAUUCCUCUGCCUCUACUGCCCAUGACAGCCAGCUGCCUGCCUCCACUAACCCCAGCAAAGGCCCUGUUGCUGGACAGGCCGACUUGCCUUCAUCCCGUUCCCGCAGUGAACCACCACGAGACAGGAAAAAGCAGUCGUCAACCUCAGAUCAGAAUGGCAAGGCCGGGCAGAGAGGUGAGAGGCGUCGGGGGCUACCCAAACUCCAGUCCCAGGCUUCAGAGGAGCGGGAAGUGGGAGACAGUCGCAGGGAGAGCCGACGGCUGCUCAAGACUCGAUCCCAGGAGCGAAGCGAUGCUGAGCUGGAGAGGGGAGGUUUAGGGGAACCCAGAAGGACAGAGGGUGGGCACAGGCCACCUUUAGAGGAGUACCGAGGUGAGCCUGGCUCCACACGACACCAGGCCAAGCCCCAGUCUGGGGAGCAAGAGGGCCAUCCACACCCGAAGGCACCCCGAAUCAGACAUCCUGAGGGGGGCAUAGCUGACAGGGACGCUGGAGAGGUUGGAAAGGAGGGUAGAGUGGGCCGCAGGUGGUCAGAGGAGCGGCAGGCCUCUCUGGAGGGCCAGCAGCAACCUUAUUCUGGGGAGAGGACCGUGGGGGGCACUGGGGGGCAGGGAGGACCUGCCAUGCAACCUCUUCCUUCUAAAACGAACCACACCCCAUCACCCCAGCCGCCGGCACCAGGGUUCCGAGUGGGCCCUGCUGUGCCCGCCGGCCCCCCUGAGCUCAGGGAGCCUCCAGAAUGGGGCAGGAAGCUGCAGCCGAGCCACCUGGAGCCCGGCUCGGCCGCCAUGCUGCGCAAGACCAAGCGGGAAAAGGCUGAAAGCAUGCUACGCAAUGACUCGCUCAGCUCCGACCAGUCCGAGUCCUUGCGACCGCCUCCGCCCCGCCCUUACAAGACCAAGCGCGGCAGUAACAAGAGGCAAAUGUCUGUCAGCAGCUCAGAAGAGGAGGGUGGCUCCACGCCCGAGUACACCAGCUGCGAAGACGUGGAUAUUGAGAGCGUGAGCGAAAGAGGGGACUGGGAGUGCUAUCCUCUGGACCCCACUGUAUGGCAUCAUCCGGUUACAUGGCAGCCCUCCAAGGAAGGUGAUCAUUUAAUCGGCCGAAUCACUCUGAGCAAGCGCACGGCCAUGCCCAAAGAGGCUGGAGCACUGCUGGGGCUAAAGGUGGUAGGGGGAAAGAUCACAGAAACAGGCAGACUCGGGGCCUUCAUCACCAAAGUUAAAAAGGGAAGCCUGGCGGAUGUGGUGGGCCAUUUACGGGCAGGAGAUGAGGUGCUACAGUGGAAUGGUAAAUCAUUACCUGGAUUAACUAAGAAGGAAGUUUACAAUAUCAUUUUGGAUUCCCAGACGGAACCCCAAGUUGAAUUAGUUGUUUCAAGGCCCAUUGGUGAUAUACCAAGAAUACCCGAAACAUCACACCCUCCAUUAGAAUCUACAGGUUCAAGCUCCUUCGAGUCUCAGAAGAUGGAGCGGCCAUCUAUAUCUGUCCUGUCCCCUUCCAGCCCCAGUGGUCUGAGAGACGCACCCCAGCUCCUGCCUGGACAGCUCUCGGUGAAAAUGUGGUAUGAUAAGGUGGGCCAUCAGUUGAUAGUAAACGUGCUGCAGGCCAAAGAGCUACCCCCAAGACUUGAUGGACGACCCCGAAACCCUUACGUCAAAAUGUACUUUCUUCCUGAUAGAAGUGAUAAAAGCAAGCGGAGAACGAAGACGGUCAAGAAGAGUUUGGAGCCCAAGUGGAACCAGACGUUUGUGUACUCCCAUGUGCACCGGCGGGAUUUCAGGGAGCACAUGCUGGAGAUCACAGUGUGGGACCAGCCCAGAGUGCAAGACGAGGAAAGCGACUUCCUGGGAGAGAUCCUGAUUGAGCUGGAGACUGCCCUGCUGGAUGAUAAGCCUCACUGGUACAAGCUGCAGACCCAUGACCUCUCUUCCAUCCCGCUGCCCCACCCCUCACCGUACCUGCCCCGCAGACACACCCACACAGACACGCCAGCCAAGAAGCUGCAGCGCUCUCAGCGUAUCACAGAAACAGAUUAUGAUGAUGGUAUUGGCGUAGUGGCUACAGCUGCAGAGAGUCGGCCAAGGGAAAGGGAGAGGGAGAGAGAGCGGGACAGAGAGAGGGAGAGGGAGAGAGACAGAGAUCGGACCACGUUAGAGGUUCCUGAGCAGCAGAGGUCGACGCAUCAUCGCUCUCGCUCUGUAUCCCCUCACAGAGACGAGGAGAGCCGGGCCAGAUCACGGCCUGCUAACAUCCCCAUGCAGAGGAGUUUAGAUGAGGUUCAGCAUAGCCGGCGGUCUCGUUCCCCCACCCGUUACCAUGACCGUGGCCGUGUACAGGAGAGAGAGUAUGUGGAUGACAGUGAGGUCAUCUUGAUACACAGAUCAAUGCGGGGUAGGAGCGCAGAGUGCCUGCACACCAAAAGUUCUACCCUUCCUGCAUGCCUUAAGACUCAGCCCCAGCCUUCAGUGGUCUCUGCCACACGCCGAACUGUCGCACAGCGUGUGCUCAGGUUCACUGAUGACAGCACCAUUAGUGAUCUGCAGCCCCCUCUUGACAGGGUUAGAAGUGCUAGUACCAACUGUCUGAGACCAGGUUCAAAUUCCAAUUCACCAGAACAAGAAAGGAGCACCCAGUCUCCCCCCUGCACCCGACCCACCAGCCCCAGGAUUCUAAUCCAACACGCCUCCCCUGAGGACGACAGCUGGAUUUCGGAGCCUAUUUUUCCUACUCAGGAGACAGUAAACCACCUCAGUGCAAGGCCAGUGGCACAGAGGCAGUCAAGAACUUUGGACAAGCCUAACUGUCAGAAAACGGGCAAGAAAAUAUCUGACAGUGAGCGAUUACAGCCUACCUCUAUUCUAAGGGGCUCCAGAGAAAAGGGGGUAUCCCUGCCUCCACUGGGUAAGGUGACCCAAGGGGGGUCUAGCCCAGACAUACCCCAACUGGACAGGGGCCAUCCGCAUGCCACCACUGCUUACUCUUCGACAGGGACUCCUUCAUCGGCACGUAGGGGCAGACAGUUGCCCCAAGUCCCUGCCAAAAGCAGCAGUGUAGAACAAGCCCUUGCCUCUGAGGAGCGGACAAGGCAGAUGAAGGUGCAUACCUACAGAACACCAGCUCCCUCCAGUACCAGCCAGGACCUGGAGAGGGCGCUCAAGAACAAACGAGAGCUUUAUAAAGAGCAGCGACGGAGCUGUGAUAAUGUAUCCCAUAAGUCCUCGGACAGUGAUGUCAGUGACGUGUCAGCCAUCUCUCGUGCCAGCAGUGCCUCACGGAUCAGUAGCACCAGCUACAUGUCCAUCCAAUCAGAGCGGCCCAGGGGCCGCUUCAGCCGUCAUAUUCACCCGUCCAGCCGGAGCAUGUUGAAAAGCACGAGCGUGAGUGGUGAGAUCUUCUCUCUGGAGCGUACGGAUGGCAGCCAGUCAGACACAGCUCUGGGAACUCUGGGGGCUGGAGGGAAGAAACGGCGAUCUAGCCUCAGUGCCCGCGUGGUGGCCAUUGUGGGCAUUCCCUCCAGACGCAGUAGGAGCACCUCUCAGCUUAGCCAAACAGAAGCAGCAAAUAAGAAGACAAAAGGCUCGAGUCAGAUCCAGCGGAGUCAAGAGACAGGGAUGGCAGUGGAGUAUCCUCGGAAUGCAAUGGCUCGUCAGGCCAGCCGAGAGUCCACCGAUGGCAGUAUGAACAGCUACAGCUCUGAGGGGAAUCUGAUCUUCUCAGGGAUGAGGCUGGGGGCUGACAGCCAAUUCAGUGACUUCCUGGAUGGCCUCGGUCCUGCCCAGCUUGUAGGGAGACAGACCCUAGCAACACCCUCUAUGGGAGAUGUUCAGAUUGGUUUAAUGGAUAAGAAGGGGCAGCUUGAGGUGGAGGUGAUCAGGGCACGUGGCCUUACCCCCAAACCAGGAUCCAAAUCGCUGCCAGCUCCCUAUGUCAAGGUUUACUUGCUGGAUAAUGGAGCAUGUAAAGCCAAAAAGAAAACCAAGAUUGCACGAAAAACGCUUGACCCAUUGUAUCAGCAAUCACUGCUGUUCGAGGAGAGUCCGCAGGGUAAAGUUCUCCAGGUAAUAGUGUGGGGCGAUUAUGGCCGCAUGGACCACAAAUGUUUCAUGGGAGUUGCACAGAUUCUAUUAGAGGAGCUGGACCUUUCUAGCACAGUGAUUGGCUGGUACAAACUGUUUCCCCCAUCUUCAUUGGUGGACCCAACGUUAGCUCCUCUCACUCGACGUGCUUCCCAGUCAUCACUCGAUUCAGGGCCGCCAGGCGUCAGGUCCUAGUGAACGGGAGAGGAACGAAGGAGAGAAAAAUGCAAUCGAAUGGACCAAGGACCCGUGGCAACAAUCAGCGUUAGAGGGGCAGCCAGACAGACGGACAGUUUCACUUUCAAAGCUUUGCCGGAGCCUGACAAUCACUUCUCCUCUCUUUUCAUUUUUGGUCUUUGGAUUGUAGAGAUUUUCCUUUGAUCCACUCCGCUCCUUACUGCAUGUUCUGUUUGUUUUAAGCUAUGUUGCUGAGAUGAUGAGUUAGCUCAAACUUUUUUUCCAAAAAAAAGGGAAUGACAAGCAGCUGAAAGCAAUCUGCUUCGGCUGACAAAGAGAGGAGCCGACCGUGGUGCUGGUAGCCUGAGUGGUUCUUGCCAAUCAGUAACAUUUAGGAGUUGCUUUCUAACCAUAUAAGGAGUGUGUGAGUGUGCGAGGCAGCGGUGUGAUGGUGGAUCAGUGAGAGUGAGGACAACACUGCCCCUCCCCCACCUUGCAUGUACAGGAAGCCGCUCUGCUGGGGGAGCCCAGAGGUCAGGGGUCAAAGGGCAAGGGUUAGUCUUCUCAAAGUCUCCCCUCCUCCUCAUGGGUGCUGAGUCUAGGGCUGCUCCUCAUGCCAGUGUGGCACUGGCUCAGAUCAAGCAUGUUAGAGAGGGGAGGCCAGCCUGAAAACCUUUGUCUGUUUACAGCAGUCGCCACUGACUGCUUUGCCUUUUUUACUUUCUCGUUGAUUUGAUACAUUGCACACCUUGUAGAAUGUGAAGACAUGUUCCAUGUUUUCUGACAUUUUUGUUGUAUAAGCUUCAAGGAAGACACAAAACAACCACAUGCAUUAGAACACUGGGACUUUCUGAAGCUACGAUUAUAAUUUAGCUUAAAUUCAGCCUUGCCAGGAGAUUACAGAAAUGAUUAUCUCUGACAUUAAUACUAAUAAACACUAAUGUAUUUGACCGCCCAGGACGCUGACCAUCAAAUGUACUUUGAGCUCUAGCCAGUACAUUGAGAUCCGGUGACUAUGGACAAGCCCAGUGCACUUAGGCAAUAGCCAAUCAUACUUUAUUUCUUUUAGUACAUUUAGACCAUUUUUGGGGACCUGCACAUAAUUGAAUUUCUAUCCAACUAGAGUUUACAUUAUUUUAACGCAAGCACAAACGCUUGAUUUUUUUAACGAACUUUACAAGAAGACGAAAAAAAGGCCAAAUUAUCAUUAGCUUCCUAUUUUUGCCUUUUUUAAUUUUGUUGUGGUUUAAGUUAGUUAGAAAAAAGUCCUAAAAUUUCCCCCGAGCAUCUGAACGAAUGUGACAGUAUGUGAGAGGUGGUUCAGGAGACGGCCUGAGGUGGUGACCUCCCAAAACUCGCCACCUUUUCCCCUCAACACGGGCAACAGCAUGACUCUGGAACCGUUCCAAGCUGCAUGCACAUUUUGUAAAACAAGACAGAUGAGAAAAAAGAGACUAAAAUAAAUGUGUGUUAGUUCCACAUACUGUAGGCCAGCUUGUAUGUUGCAUGUACUUGUACAGUUUGCUCGUACUUGAUAUUAAUAGAUUAACCAAUAAAAUGAAGCCAUUCAUUCCAUGUGUGGGCAUUUGGCCAAGUUCAGCCAUGCACACAGGCCUCAUUUUUUGGGGCUGAAUGUCUAUGAGGAGUUUUUGAAUUGUUUUCUUUUUUACCCUAUGGAUAAAUAAGUGCUGUACUGUAGUACUGAGCAAACAUGAGGCCCCUGUUUUUACUGAAGAUGUUGGUGUUCACUGUAGUCUACUACUGUGGGGCUAGAAUCGAGCUAGAUAAUGUGUAUAAAACCAGAGCUAUCUAUAUAUGAAAAAUGAUUAUGAUUAUACAAAAAUGAGAACAGCAUAGAUAUAUAUACAUAUAUAAAAAAACAAAAAAACAAAAAAAACAAAGUGUAUCCAAGUAAACGUCGCCUACAGAAACAUACAUGCACAUAUUGUAAAUAUGAGUCUGCUAUGAGGUUUACUUAUAUUUACAAAGUGGCCCCGUGUAAAUGGAUUAAUGCUCUGUCUCCUGGCUCCGUUGAACGGAACAAAGGCUGAGAAGGGACACCUCCAGAGUUUCUGAUUCUUUCAGACAUUUAUGGCCAAAAUAACCACUAGAAUUGGGACCUCUGCCUACCUGUUACUGCAUUAGAACAAAGCCCAUGAGAUCAUGUUUUGAUAACAAGUUUACUUUUCAUGUCCGUUACGGCAGACUUCUUUCCUUUACUUUGUCAGUAUUAUUCAAGGAUACUGAUUGUUUACAAUUCAUGUGUCCCACUGAAACAGAAUAGAAAGUAUUCACUGCAACAUUUCUUGUUUGUACAACAGAUGUGGCUCAAAUGAUGUGUAUGUUUUAUAUUCAAGAGUUCAUUUUUAUUAUUUACAAAUAAAAGACUGUGUGGAAGAAGAA